CUUGAAUCUUCUAGAGCUCAAGCUUUAAAUGCUUUUACUGUAAAAAGUUUUUUUGAUUUAUUAUUUGAAACUCUUACUUCUUAUUAUAUUAAACCUUCUAAUAUUUACAAUAUGGAUAAGAAAGGAGUUCAGAUAGGAUUAGCUGGAAAAACAAGGGUUUUGGUUGAUAGAGAUCAGAAAACUGUCUCUUAG